CCUGGGCAUUUGGGACACUGAUACCUAACUACUGGGACUCCUGGUGACAAAUAUCAUCUUAGAGUGGAAAUCCCCGAGUUGUGAACUUAUCUGUCUCACUGGGAGCAUUUGCCCCAGUCAGGGUCCCCUCCAGAGGACGAGUCAAGAGUGGGCCAGGAGGUCACCACAUUCAGGACCACUUACUUCACUUACCAGCCCAAUACUGCCGAGACUGAUUCUUUUCUCCUUUUCCCCAGCCAAGUCACUUCAAGGAAAUGUUGAUUUACAAGACUGUUCUUGCCACUGGGUCUGAGCUUCUCUUUGGAAGUUCACAUUAUCUUGAUGCAGAGAACCCCUUCCUGCAUCAAGCCAGAUUUGCAAGUGGAGAGAGGUAUAGCAAAUGGGAGAAGGCAUGUCAGACCCUGCAUUUUUAGUUGCAACAUCUGGCCUGGGGUCCUUCAAACCUUACUGGUAUGUCCUGUCCUGCGUCCUGCUCCCACCGAAGCUAUGGUGCCAAUUUGCAAGGUGCUAGCUACCUGAAGCCUUGAUAUUCCUCAUGCCUGCCCCACAGCCUGUCACCCUGGCUAGGUCAGAAGCUGAAAACUACUUUCUUCCACCUUCACUGCCCAUCUUGGUCUCUUAUCUCUGACGGUUCUUUUUCCUUUCACUCAAUUUCUGUUUAUCCGUUCUUGCACUUUAUCAAGAGUCCUCCAGUUUCUACCCACGAAUGGUCACCCAAAGGGUUUGGCCCACAGAUGGUUCAGAAUCUUCCUUUUGCCCCAAGAACCACUAAUAUAGUCAGAGGCCCUUCCCUUCUCUAAGCUCAUCCUGGUGAGACCUUUCAAAAAUGGCCUUUCCCUACUAGCAAAAUGAGUUAAGUAUGGGCAUGAGACAGUCUUGGGGCUCUUAGUCUUAGUGUCCUCCCCUCCCAGUCUCCUCUUGUACAGUAUUAAAGAGCCCUUUCUCCAGAUUCAUACCCUUUUCCCCACACAGAUUUAAAGAAUUCUGUGUCCCCAGUUUCCUAUCUAAAAACUGGGGUUGGGCUUAAUGCAAGUGUUUUGGCAGUGUUGGGACAGCGGUCCUCGCUUUCCCAGGGCCGGCUCAGCCAGCAUUUGGGACAAUUAAUUGGUCUGAACCUCCAAGAAGCUUGUACAGCCAGGCCGACAGGAGACCUGAUAGAAGCCAGGGAUGGUAAUGCAGGUGCAGUUCCCACUAGGGAACGUAGGGGUCUGUGAAUAGCGAGCUUCGCUGUUAAACUGAACUGAGUCUCCUGAAGUGUAAUUAAAGUUUUUAUUGAGGCCCUGAGCUCUGGCUUGAUUUCUUUUCGCCACAACUCAAAAAAGUGCCCGCCCCCGCCCGGCACUAAAUGACAGACAUCCCGCGGUGGCCAAUCAGAGGGACCCGCUUCCUGGAACUAACCAAUUCUCGCUCGAGUGGGCGGGGCGGCCAGGCCCGAAACUUUGGCGGUUCCGCUUCAACAUGGCCGAAGGGAGCAGCAGCCAGACAGGCGGCCCCUGUGAGAAGCCGGGGGGCUCGUCCUCGGAGCCUGCGGCCCCCAGUCCUGACAUCUCUAGAGUGAAGCUCCUCGACACCAUGGUGGACACAUUCCUCCAGAAGCUGGUCGCCGCCGGAAGCUACCAGAGGUUCACUGACUGCUAUAAGCGCUUCUACCAGCUGCAGCCUGAGCUGACACGGCGCAUCCAUGACAAGUUCAUAAGCCAGCUGCAGACGUCCAUCCUGGAGGAAAUCUCAGAGAUCAAGGCGGAGGGGAACCUGGAGGCCGUCCUGAACUCCCUGGACCUCAUAGUGGAGAAAGGCAGAGGCCGCACAGAGCCCGCCUGGCGCCCCAGUGGGGUUCCCGAGGAGGACCUGCGCAGCACCCUGCUGCCCUACUUCCUGCAGCAGCGGGACGCCCUGCAGCGCCGGGUGCAGAAGCAGGAGGCAGAGAACGCACAGCUGGCAGCAGAGGUGCUGGCUGGGCGCAGAGAGAUGGAGGUGCUGCAGCUGCAGGGCCAGGUGCACCGGCAGGCCUGGCAGGCUCUGCACCAAGAGCAGAAGGAGCUGCUGGCUGUGCUGCGGGAGCCCGAGUAAGGAGAGGACCAAGGAGUGAAGUCACCACCGAGGACAAGGCCUGUGUCCUUCUCAUGGAAUCCUUGCCCAGCUCCACUUGGAGAUUGGGCCCUUUCUGCUCGGAGAUGGCCCCCACCCCCGCUGUCUGAGCCUCCCGCAACCUGGCUCAGGGACUCUGUGUUUAACCCUUCCUGAUUACCCCCUUGCCCUGCUCUCCCGCAUCCGGAAAUAAACUCCCUCCGGUCUGUAA